AUGUACGCUCAGCGGUUAGGUCACACUCUUGACCUAAUCAUCACUCACGGGGUGACAGUGUCAACUUGUGAGGUCCUGGAUUUUCCCAUCUCUGACCACUCUCUCAUACGGUUUGACAUCUGUGCUGUUCCUCCUGCUCCCACGCCCACGCCCCCCCAUCAUCAUCGCAUCAUUACCUCAUCCACAGUUGAUGACUUUGUUGCUGCUUUCGCUGUUUCUGAUUUCGCCUCUACUGCUGGAUUGGCAUCACCUCUAUGUCCUGACCUUUUCCUCUCCUCCUUCCACACCAUCUGCUUCCAGAUUAUGGACUCUGUUGCGCCCUACAAGAUAAAGACGACCAAAGGUACUAUGGAUCCCUGGCUCAAUGAUACAACUAGGGUCAUCAGGCGUCAGUGUAGACAGGCUGAACGAAAAUGGAAGAAGGAUAGGCUGCAGGUGUCACUGGAGAUGUUUAGAUACAGUCUUGCCACCUAUCAGAAUGCAGUGAAGGAAGUUAAAGGACAGUACCUUUCUAAUCUCAUCAAUAGCAACAGCCACCGUCCUGGAAUCCUGUUCAGCACUAUUAAUUCGGUUAUAAAUCUGGUGUCUGUUGCUUUGAAUGAUGUAUCUGAAAAUACAUGCAAUGCAUUUAAACAAUACUUUUUGGACAAGGUUUUGUCUGUCAGGCAAACCAUCACUCAAGCCCCUGCUGUUGCCAUGUCCACCCAAGCGGUGCAAUGUGUGCUGGAGAACUUUGAGGCAGUUUCUAUUGUGGACCUCAAAAAAGCUGUCCUUGAGUUGAAGCCUACCACCUGCACUCUAGAUGCUGUUCCUGCUAAGAUUUUGAAGGAGGUUAUUGACAUCAUAGGUCCCUUCCUCGUCUCCUUCAUAAACACCUGUCUUAGUUUGGGCACUGUGCCCGCUGCUCUCAAACACGCCAUUGUUAGACUGCUGCUCAAGAAACCCAACCUUAAUCCCUCCAUAAUUUCCAACUUCCGUCCAAUAUCUCACCUGUCAUUUCUGUCUAAGUUGAUGGAGAAGCUGGUUUUCUCUCAGCUUCAAUCUCAUCUCCAACUGCACGUCAUUGGUGAUAAAUUUCAGUCUGGUUUCAGGUCUAGACAUAGCACCGAAUCGGCACUAUUGAGGGUCCAUAAUGACAUUCUUGGAGCACUGGACUGUAAAAGCUCUGUGGAUUUGGUGUUACUGGAUCUGACCGCUGCAUUUGACACCGUGGAUCAUGCCAUUCUUAUCUCCCAUCUUCAACAUGUUGUCGGUCUGCAGGGCGCGGUGCUCAAUUGGUUCUCUUCUUAUCUCACUAACAGAACAUUUUCAGUAAUGCUUAAUGACUUUUCCUCCUCAGCUGUCCCUCUGUCUUCCGGUGUGCCUCAAGGAUCCAUUCUCGGUCCGAUUCUAUUUUCAUUGUAUAUGCUGCCACUUGGUAAACUCAUUAUCAAUCACAAUGUACAUUUCCAUUUCUAUGCUGACGACCUCCAGAUCUACCUUCCUGUGAUUUUGAGCAAUCGUUCUGCACUAGAUCCUCUGCAUAACUGCCUUCAGGACAUCAAACAGUGGCUUUCCCAGAAUUUCCUUCAUAUGAAUGAACGAAAGACUGAGUACAUUCUGUUCAAUCCAGACUCAUCCAAUAUGUCUCUCAGUUUUGGUCCUCUAACACCUCAGUUUGCACCCAAUGUGCGUAACCUGGGUGUUAUUUUUGACAAAGGUAUGCAGUACGAUAAACAGAUUAGUGCAGUUGUGAAGGCGAGCUUUUACCAGUUAAGGUUCCUGAGUAAGGUCAAACCAUUUCUGUCCAGAGCUGACCUUGAAAAAGCCAUUCAUGCCUUCAUCAGUUCGAGGAUAGACUACUGCGAUGCCCUCUACAUUGGAUUGAAUCAAUCACUUCUCAAUAGGCUUCAACUGGUACAAAACGCAGCAGCAUGUCUCCUCUGCAAUGCCACCAAACGAUCACAUAUCACCCCGAUCCUCCGCUCGCUCCACUGGCUCACGGUGCGGUUUAGGGUAGAGUAUAAGGUCCUGCUGUUCGUGUUCAAGGCCAUUAACGGUUUGGCCCCGGCCUAUCUCACAGAAUUACUAACGGUCCACCAACCAGCCAGAACCUUGCGCUCCUCUGAACACACCUCUCUGAUAGGGCUACUAAACAUUAGAUCUCUUUCUACCAAAGCACUAAUUGUCAAUGAAAUGAUUACAGAUCAUAGAUUGGAUGCGCUCUGUUUGACUGAAACCUGGCUUAAACCGGAUGAAUAUAUUAGUUUAAAUGAAUCUACUCCCCCAGGUUAUUGUUAUAAACAUGAGCCUCGUCUGAAGGGUCGAGGAGGUGUUGCUACAAUUUACAGUGAAGUUUUUGGUGUUACUCAGAGGACAGGAUAUAAAUGUAAGUCUAUUGAACUAAUAAUGCUUAAGGUGACACCGUCAAAUACAAAUAUAAAUAAAAAUUCUCUGUCGUCCUUUACCCUUGCUACAGUGUAUAGAUCACCCGGGCCUUAUUCAGAUUUCCUUAGUGAAUUUGCAAAUUUUUUAUCAGAUCUUGUAGUUACUGUAGAUAGAGCCUUAAUUGUUGGUGACUUCAACAUUUACAUAGAUAAUGAAAAUGAUACAUUGGGAUUAGCAUUUAUCGAUAUUCUCAACUCUCUUGGAGUCAGACAAAAUGUAACAGGACCAACUCAUCGCCAUAAUCAUACGCUAGAUUUAAUUCUUUCAUAUGGAGUUGAUGUUGAUAAUAUAGAAAUUCUGCAGCAGAGCGAUGACAUCUCGGAUCAUUACCUCAUCUCUUGCAUGCUGCAAUCAGCUAAUAUCAUUAACUCCUCGCUAUGCUUAGGACAUGUCCCAAGAAACUUUAAAAUGGCAAUUAUCAAACCGCUAAUUAAGAAGCCACAACUUAAUCCUGGAGAACUUGCUAAUUAUAGACCGAUUUCAAAUCUCCCAUUUAUGUCAAAAAUACUAGAAAAGGUAGUAUCCUCCCAAAUAUGUUCAUUUCUACAGAGAAAUAGUAUAUAUGAAGCAUUUCAAUCAGGAUUUAGGCCUCAUCACAGUACAGAGACUGCACAUAUCAGAGUUACAAAUGACUUGCUCUUAUCAUCUGAUCGCGGCUGCAUUUCUCUUCUAGUGCUUUUAGAUCUUAGAGCUGCAUUCGACACGAUAGAUCACGACAUUCUCUUGAAUAGGCUAGAGAAUUAUGUUGGAAUUUGUGGAGUGGCAUUAGCAUGGUUUAGGUCAUAUUUAGCAGACCACUACCACUUUGUCUAUGAGGAAUUGUCAAACCAAACAAAAGUAAAAUAUGGAGUGCCACAGGGAUCAGUUUUAGGGCCUCUGCUUUUCUCCAUGUAUAUGCUUCCCCUGGGUGAUAUUAUCAGGAAUCGUGGAAUAAGUUUCCACUGCUAUGCUGACGAUACACAACUUUAUAUUUCUUCAAAACCUGAUGAGAUUUCACAAUUCUCAAAAUUAGCAGAGUUUAUUAAUGAAAUAAAAGAUUGGAUGGCCAGAAAUUUCCUUCUACUCAAUUCUGACAAAACAGAGGUUCUAAUUAUUGGACCAAAAAACUCUAAAAAUAAGCCACUAAAAUAUAAUUUGACUCUAGAUGGAUGUACUGUUACAUCAUCUUCAACAGCGAAGAACUUAGGUGUUAUAUUUGAUACCAACCUGUCCUUUGAAAAUCAAAUUACAAAUGUUUGUAGAACAGCAUUCUUCCACCUAAGAAAUAUUGCUAAAUUAAGGCAUAUGCUCUCGGAAAAUCUAAUUCAUGCGUUCAUGACCUCAAGACUAGAUUAUUGUAAUGCAUUACUGGGAGGAUGUCCAGCAAGAUCAAUAAAUAAACUUCAAUUGGUUCAAAAUGCAGCAGCCAGAGUGCUGACGAGAACCAAGAAAUAUGAUCAUAUUAGCCCCAUUUUAUCAUCGUUACAUUGGCUACCUGUUAAAUUCCGUAUUGAUUUAAAAAUUCUGUUAACUACGUACAAAGCUUUGAAUGGUCUAGCUCCGCAGUACUUAAGUGAUCUUCUACCACGCUAUAUUCCAACACGUUCAUUAAGAUCGCAAAAUUCUGGCCUAUUAAUAGUUCCUAGAAUAUCAAAAUCCACUAAAGGAGGAAGAUCCUUUUCAUAUUUGGCUCCUAAACUAUGGAAUAGUCUCCCAAACACUGUUCGAGAUGCAGACACACUCUCUCAGUUUAAGUCUAGACUAAAGACUCAUCUAUUUAGCCAGGCAUACACCUAAUUUAUCCUCCAACCCACAAUUAGGCUGCUUUAGUUGGG